AUGCGUGCUACAACUACAAUUCUCUACAUAUUGUGUGUGACUAUUACAACAAAAGUAGAAAACGUGAUGACAAGUACGAAAACGAGAAUUAUCGGUGGACAUCCCGUUGACAUAAAACGAAGACCAUUCAUGUUAUCUUUAUACGACUCUGGUGAAUUCAUAUGUGGUGCCAGUAUUCUGUCUGAAAAAUGGGGCAUCACUGCUCUUCAUUGUCUAAGUCCAGAGCGAACAACAGACUAUUAUGUACGAGCUGGAUCGAAUGCGCCUUAUCGAGGAUCGAGGCACAGGCUAACAAAGAUACACGCUUACAACGCGACAACGUUUCUAUAUUGGUGGUCUAGCAUGUACUAUCAUGACAUCGCGAUUUUCGAAGUACGGCCACCCUUUCGGUUCUCAAAAUCAGUACAGGCAGUUCGAUUGCCAAGCGAGUUCAGUCGUCCACCUCCGAAAUUGUACGUUUGUGGAUGGGGUUACACGGAUUUUCAACAAAAUAAUAAGAUAAGCGAUACUCUAAUGGGAGUUCACGUUCGCCGUGUUCCACACGAGAUCUGUAUUCACGAAACAACGGAGUAUGAGUUUUUAGUAAAUAAACAACAGCAUCUUUGUUACGGAAAUCGCGGGAAAGACUCUUGUUCAGGGGACUCAGGAGGUCCAUUAGCCAGCAGAAAUACUAUUUAUGGCAUCGUAUCUUUUGGUCAAAAUUGUGGCACGGUGUCAGGAGUGUAUGAAAGUGUGUCUUACUAUCGACGCUGGAUUAGACACGUUACAAAUUUGUAA